ACGCGGGAAAUAUUUUCGAACCAACUUUGAAAGAGAUUGUUUUCUUUUCUUGGUCAAAGUUUGUAAACUUUGAGGCUUUCCUCCAUUAUUACUAAACCUGCAAAGAUAAAACAAAAUGUUUUAUUACCCGAACGUCCUGCAGAGACACACUGGAUGCUUUUCUACUAUUUGGUUAGCUGCUACCAGAGGUAUUCAAGUCCAUCGCAAAGAGCUUGUGAAAGUCAAUGUGAAGAGAACUUGCACGGCCAUUUUGGACUACAUAACCGCACAGGUUCCUCCACCUCAGCCCAACCAGCCGAGGCCUCGCUUUUCUCUCUACCUGUCGUCCCAGCUGCAGUAUGGAGUGGUUGUGGUCUACUACAAGCAAUGCAGCUUCCUGCUGGAGGAAAUUCAACAAACCAUCCAGCGCCUGCUGCGCUGCAAAAAACACAUACGCAUCGACAUGGAUGAACCUGAAAGGAUGUUGAUGGAUGUUCCUGACAGUCUGUACGUGAUGAUGGAGACGGACGGCGCCCUGGACCCCUUCUUUGGUGUCCUGGAAUCUCACCAGCUCCCCAGUCCAAAGGAAAUACACCAGGCUGAUUUUGUGAUCCCAGACAGAAGUGUGCAGGACUCUUUGAGGCGUAGCCGUAACACGCCACCCAGUAAUGGCUUCAGCUCACCUCCAGCUGCCAUCACCCUGAUGGAGAAGGAGCAGUUUGUCAUCAACACUGCUGAGCCUUUUGAGGGAGAUGACCUCCCUGAAGCCACUGCCAAGGAGAUCGACCUGCUGAUGGAGCAGCCAGACCUGUUCUGGAAAGAAGUGGAGCGGCAUCAGACGGAGGACCUAAUCAAAGACCAGGGGAUCCUUUCCUCUAUUGAUCAGCUAAAGGAGACUAUGUUAGGAGCGGAGCAGGACAGUGUGUCGCUGCUAGACGAGGAGGCUGAUCAACCGGUGAAGCGUCUUGCAGCCGCUGCUGCUCUGGAGAUGACGCCUCAACACGUUGCCAUGCCAACUCCACCCAGAAAAGCAUCCAAGACCCACGGAGAUGAACCAGCGGGAAUUUGGGAUGAAGAGGUGGCAGUUCCUCCUCUUCGGAAGAGCAGACGCAGAAGACAGCUGGUUUUUGCAGACGCACAGGUCCAGUUAUCUCACAGCGCCAUGCAGGAGCAGAUUGGAAACCCACAGACUGAGACGCUGAAUCUGGCUGAGGUGAUUCUGGACUUAACUUCUAUCAAGUGUGACACUCCUGCUCGGCUCUUUGGCGCCCCCUGUGGAGCUCUUCUGCACCCCGACCUCCUGUCGCUAUGGAAACAGCAGGCCUCAGUCUCCGUCCUGCCGGGAGAAAGGCGGAGUGAGGAGGAGGAGGAGGGCAUGGAAAUUCUCAGGGCGGAGAGGAAGAGAAGGCACUCACGCAUGAAGGAGAUGUCUGGUAUGUCAGGACUCCAACUUUCAGAGCACUCAUCUAUGUCAGAUGUGAUCCAUGACCUGUCCAAAGAAGAUAAAUCUUCAAGCGAUGUGCUGACUCCUACCAGCAGAUGGUCUCUGCAGGAGGAGGUCCAGCCAUCUAUGGAGCCCAUCAUGGAGGAAAACAUCGCGAUGCCUGAGGUUCCCAGUGACACUGAAGACGGGAACAUGUUGAGUUGGAUCAACUCCACCAUUCAGAGACACGGACAGGUUACCUUUGACUCACUGCUGCCCCUAGAGGCUGACCGCUUCAUUGCAGCUCAGACUCUCUCAAAACUGCUUGAGCUGCUGUCAGACAAACAGGUGACCGUGUCUCAGUCUGAGCCCUACGCUGACAUCCUCAUAAACCCAGCAGAGCUCAGGAUGUCUGCCUGAAAGACCAACACACUCCAUGAAUUCCCAUUUAUUCGUUCAUGAAUUUGCAAGUGAUGUUUUAGCGGUUCUCUGUACGCACUUUUUUCAGACUUUUUCAGAAAUAUCUUCAGGUUUGUAAUAAAUACGGAUUUGUUGUGUUCCACCUUUCAGAUAUUUUUAAAAAUCCAAACAUUCUCUUCAAAUUCGCUGUUUGUUUAUAUGUUGUAAAAUGGAUUUUAAAAUUGAAUAAUAGCUAACUUUUAUUCAGAGUAGUGGAGUUUCCCUGUUUUUUUUAUGUUUAUACAUGAAUUAAAGAUUUGUUGAAACACCCUUGAUA